AUGGCUACCAAGCAUAUCCCGUGGGCUAUUGUUGUCAGCCUAUUCCUCAUCAGCCUUCCAACAGUGAUUGAUGGCAAAAUCUACACGAAAUGUGAGCUCGCGAAGCAACUGACCGCAAACGGGAUUAGCCGAACGUAUCAGGGACACUGGGUCUGUCUGGCGAUGGCCGUCAGUGGGCUGGACACGUCCAAAACGACAACGCUGCCCAAUCAAACCGCCAACUACGGCAUCUUUCAAAUCAAUAGCAAGGAAUGGUGCCGCGUCGGCUACAAAGGAGGCAAAUGUAACAUGAAAUGUGAAGAUCUUGUUACGGACAAUAUAACCAACGCAAUUAAAUGCUCCGUAAUGAUCCAACAGUCGAAAGGUUUUAAUGAGUGGGUAAUGUGGCAGAAGAAGUGCAAGGGCAAGGAUCUUCCGGACAUUACAAACUGUGGGGCAAUUGGUUAAGGUUCC